CAAUACCUACAAGUGAAUAAUCAAAGGAAGAAGAAGAGAAACAUUUUGCGCCUUUGCGAUUAAAAGGUUACUCUCUGAUUGAUCAGUCAUAAAUAUCCUAACGAAAUGGCGAGUUCGAGUAGCAGGAUCGUUGUCCUCAUCGACAUGGACUGCUUCUUUUGUCAAGUCGAAACCAGGUUGCAACCGCAAUACGAAGGAAUGCCUCUUGCUGUUGUUCAGUACAAUCAAUGGGAGAUGGGCGGGAUAAUAGCUGUUAAUUAUGAAGCACGAAGUCUUGGAGUAACCAGACAUAUGAGAGGCAAAGAAGCUAAAGAGAAGUGUCCAGAUAUAGUUCUAGUCAGUGUACCAUGCCUUCGUGGAAAAGCAGAUACAUCUAGAUAUAGAAAAGCUGGUCACGAGGUUAUCAAAGUUAUAAAAAAGCAUUGUAAUGUAAUAGAGCGUGCUAGUGUUGAUGAAGCAUAUCUUGACAUUACGGAUAUUGUUGAUAAGAGAUUAACUGAAUCCAAAAUUUCUCCAAAACAACUAAUAGCAUUUCUUAGAAAUACAUAUGUCGUAGGAUAUUCGGAAAUUGGUAAAAAUGAUGAAGAGGAAAGGUGUCAAGGUCUACAAACUUGGAUAUUGGAUUCUUUUAGAGAACUGCAUGAUGUUCAAGCUCAGAGACUUGCCGUAGCUGGUAUAAUAGUUGAAGAGAUAAGAGAUAGUAUAUGUAAAGAAACUAGUUUCAAAUGUUCUGCUGGAAUUGCACAUAACAAAAUAUUGGCAAAACUAGCAUGUGGAUUACAUAAACCGAAUCGCCAAACAAUUUUGCCUGAAGCAGCUGUUUCAAGCUUGUAUUCGACGCUUCCAGUGAAAAAGGUGCGAAAUCUCGGUGGAAAAUUCGGUGAUGUUGUGGUAGAGUCUCUUGGUUGUAAAGUUAUGGGAGAUCUGUUACAAUAUUCUUUGGAACAAUUAAAAAAACACUUUGACGAAAAGACAGGAUUUUGGCUGUAUAAUAUUGCUCGAGGUAUAGAUGAUGAGCCUGUUACCAAUAGACUAUUGGCAAAGUCUAUCGGAGCGUGUAAAAAAUUUCCUGGGAAGCAAGCUAUUACUUCAUUAGAAGUGUUGAAGCAUUGGGCCGGAGAUCUGGCAGCGGAAGUGUGCGAACGGCUUGAAGAGGAUUUUGUGGAGAAUCAACGACGUGCCACACUGCUCGUAAUCUCUUACCAUUAUUAUCACAAUAGAAGCACUGUAUCUCAAACGCGCUCACUUACCUUGAACUCGUACAAACCGGAGAAAAUGGCGAAUCAAUGCGUGGACGUUAUCACUAAGUCCACACAGUGCCCGGUGGCAUUCAUGGGCAUUUCUGUUACUAAAUUUGUAUCAUCAAAAGAAAGCGGUAGCUUCUUGAAAUUUUUUAAAAAUACCAAAUCGAAAGACGAGGAGAAAAUCAUUUUAAAUUCACAUAGAGAUACAAGUUUGAUGUCCAAUUCAGAAGCAGAAGAAAAGACUCCUUUCAAUAGCAAAGAAGUUUAUUUAUUAGAAAGUAAAGGACAGAUCUCAGAGACAGAGUCUCAGAAAGUCAAAGAAUUAAUCGCAAAGACUAAUGAAGGAACAAUGAAGGAAAACAAGAGAGUCAAUAACUUAAAUACAAGCGCAGAGGAUUCACCUACGUCAAAAAGAGUUUCCAAACUAAUCCAAGUGUGCAAUGAGCGCGACAAGAUCAAAACAGAGAACAAACGUCUAUCAGGUAUGGUAAUAAAUAAUAAUGAUUUUCAAGAUUCCUUUUUUAUGAACAUAUAUAAAACAGAGGAGAAAAAAUGUUAUAAUAAUGUUGACGAAAGUGCCAAUACUAUGAAAGAAUCAAAAUGCAGAAAACAAUUGAUUGUGUCUGAUGUGUGUGAAAAAAACAUGAAUGAUGAGAAUAUCAAUGAUUACAAUACAGAUUUACAUGGACAAGUAAAUGUUUAUGAAAAACCUGUCACAAGGCAUGUAAAUAGCAACAAUGAAGAGUCUACAGAGGAGAAUACCAAAAGAACUUCUGCACAAGAUUCUUUGAUACGAUUACAAGAUAUAUUUCCAGACUUGGACAAUAUGGAUUCAGACAUCCUGUCUCUGUUGCCAAUCAAUUUACAGGAGGAAGCAAAAUUGUAUAUAAAAUCGCGAGAUAAGAAACAAGAAAACGUUAAGAUUGUUCGGGAGUUGCCGAAGACAGAAAGAAGACCCAGCAAGGCAAAACUUAGAGGCAAGAGCGACAAAAAGCGCAGUCCCCUAUACAAUUUCCUGAUUAAGACCAACUCGGACGAGCAUAAUGUGCCUUUAGAACGGUGUGUUGAGUGCAAUCAAAUGAUACCUAUAACAAAGUUUAGCGAACAUAUGGAUUUCCACGUCGCGCAAAACUUGUACCAGGAGAUUAAUAAGCCGACAUCAAGUGAGAAUGGAAACGUGAAAAGAAAACUUGAGGAUGAUGAAGUUAACAUUUUCACAAAGCGUCAAACAUCAAAUGUUUGUUAACCUAACAGGGAUUCUCGAUCGGCAACUACGUUUCUUUCGAAACCGUGCUUGUGAAUCCAAUGUUUUACGAUAUUUUAUCGCUAAUAAUAUCAUUCUGAUAAUUUAUUUGUAUCAAUCGCGAUCGCACUGUGUCUCCAGAAAAAAAUUGUAAGCUAAAUAUUGUAUAUUUGUAUAUAUCAUAUAACAUGUAAAAAUGUACAAUGUAGUUUAAAGACAGAAAAUCUAUUAUAUAAUUAGUUAACACAGAAAUUUUUGAGACUAACAGAAAGAACCAGGUGACGAUAUCGGAGAUUUUUAUGCGUUUUUUUACAGGCUGUUCUUGGGCGAAAAAAAAAAAAACAAACCGUGUCCGGCUGUUUCAGCCAUUGGCCCAUAGUUUCGAAGAAAUCGAUUUUUUAAAUUAUUGUAAUAAUUUGAAGUGAUAUGGUUUCAACGUUUGAUAACUCGAUGAAAAAAAUCGUACAACGUUCAUUAAAAAAAUUAAUUUAACGUAAAGAUUCGCUCUUUCGAUUGCUGUAAACUGCAUUUUUAUAUAAUUUUUACCUCACGCCAUAGACCUUUGUAAAGUUUGUGCAUCAGAUUUAACAGAUAUUCAUUUGUGUCCGUAUAAUACCUAUUUCACACUAGACGCGAUGAGCGAUAACCAAUAAAAACUCUGCUUUACAUCGUCGUAUGAGCAAAAACAAAGUUUUUAUUGAAUAUCGCUCGUCGUUCAUCGCCCAUCGCAUCCAGUGUGAACUAGGCAUAACUCCGUAAAAGAUCAGUCAUAUUGAAAUUUCAAUUAUACAGAUUUCGUGAGU